CCCUCUCCCUUGUUCAGAAACACAAAUUUGGAAUCUAAAAGCAUUAAAAGAAAAUGAAAGGAUAUCAAGCUUCAAAAGACAAAUAUAUCUUCCUCUCCAUCACAAACAUAUCUCUUGAGAUUCACAAUCAAUGGCUCAAACCAUGCUGGUAAUGUCCAGUACCAGCGCUUCAACAAGCCAUGCACUGAACUUGAAGAGAGGCCAUCCUCUUCUCCAUUCCCAAGCACAAGGCUUAAAUCCUAAACCCUUGUCCCAUUUAUUCUUCAAUCCACUCUCCAACAUUGUUGUUGCUUCAUCAUCAAGAUCUUUCACCACUUUUGCAAUCUUCAAGUCAAAGACCAAAGCUGCUCCCAAGAAGGCUGUGCCGAAGCCGAAGCAAAAGGUUGAAGACGGAAUCUUUGGCACAUCUGGAGGGAUUGGUUUCACCAAGCAAAAUGAGCUCUUUGUUGGACGUGUUGCCAUGAUCGGCUUUGCUGCAUCCUUGUUAGGUGAAGCAAUAACAGGGAAAGGAAUUCUAGCACAGUUGAACCUGGAGACAGGCAUUCCAAUUUAUGAAGCUGAACCCCUUCUUCUCUUCUUCAUCCUCUUCACCCUCCUUGGAGCUAUCGGAGCUUUGGGCGACCGAGGCCGCUUCGUCGACGAGCCUUCCACAGGCAUUGAAGGGGCAGUCAUCCCUCCUGGGAAAGGCAUUAGGAGUGCCUUGGGUCUCAAGGAAGGAGGUCCGUUGUUCGGGUUCACAAAGGCAAAUGAGCUGUUUGUGGGGAGAUUGGCUCAGCUGGGAAUUGCCUUCUCGUUGAUAGGAGAGAUUAUAACGGGGAAAGGAGCACUGGCACAGCUAAACAUUGAGACAGGGAUUCCAAUUAGCGACAUUGAACCACUUGUGUUGCUCAACGUUGCCUUCUUCUUUGCUGCUGCUAUAAAUCCCGGGACUGGUAAAUUUAUCACUGAUGAAGAAGAAGACUAGAUUUCCCUAAGCAAUUUGUAAUUAACGUCAUCUACAUUUCUCUCCCCUUUUUCUCAUGUAUCAGUGAAUUGCUGCAUUGCUUUUAAACAA